AUGGCGUCCCCCGCCGCUGCGGCCACCGCGCCGCCACCCGCGCACGCCGACGGCUGGACGCCGACCGUUGCCGGUCACAGCCUCCCGGCAGUCACUGGGCCCCGCUCGGCGACCGUGCAGCGGCAAACAAAAGAAACCAAGGUCGAGGUUCGCAUAGACAUCGACGGCAGCGGCAAGUGCGUCACGCAGACGCCGGUCGGUUUCCUGAACCACAUGCUCGAUCAGAUCGCCUCCCACGGCCUGUUUGACGUGUACGUGGCUGCGGAGGGGGACACGUGGAUUGACGACCACCACACAGUGGAGGACAUUGCGCUGGCGCUGGGUGGCGCGCUGGCGCAGGCCCUGGGGGAUCGCAAGGGCAUUCACCGCUUCGGCGAGUUCACUGCGCCCCUGGACGAGGCCCUGACGCACGUCGUGCUGGACCUCUCGGGCCGCGCCCACCUCAGCUGCAACCUCGAGAUUCCCGCGCAGCGCAUCGGGAACUUUGACACCGAGCUUGUGGAGCAUUUUUUCAUGUCCUUCGCCAACACCUCGGGCACCACGCUGCACAUAAGGCAGCUGGCGGGCAAGAACUCGCACCACAUCGUGGAGGCGACGUUCAAGGCGUUUGCUCGCGCGCUGCGGCGGGCGUGCGAGGUGGACGAGCGGCGGGCCGGGAAAAUUGCAAGCAGCAAGGGCGUGCUGACUCAGCAGUAG